AUGUCCCUUCUCACGCUCUCUCGCCUUUUCAGACGUGUUCCGCUGGAUCUUCUGAAGGUAUUCGAAGCUUCGCUUCUCAUUUCCACGCGUCUCCCAAUUUUCCUUCUCUUUCUCUAAUUCUCUGUUUCAGAUGAGCAGCAGCGAGUUGAUUGCCGAGUUGGAACGAGAACGGAACCGACGUAUCCUCUCCAUCCAAAGCCACGUCGUCCACGGAUACGCCGGCAAUAAAUGCUCCGUUUUCCCGCUCCAGGUGCCCUGCUUCAUUCCGCAACUCCUCAAAAAUGGCAUUUUUUCAGUUACACGGUUUCGAAGUCGAUUUCAUCAACAGUGUGCAAUUCUCGAACCACGCGGGUAACAUCGAAUAUUUGACGCUUCCAACAAGUAACUUCGGGUCCCACCCACUUGAAAUAUUCGAGCACUACCCACUUUCGGUUCAUUAUUGUUAUUAUUAUUUCCAUGUCAUGUCUUUUAGUUCCAAUUUUACGGCCGCUCGUCACGAUAAAAGUGCUAAUUUUGGGGAGGGUUUUCAGGAUACGAACACGUGAAAGGACAGAAACUGACGGAGAAAGAGCUGGAGGAGCUGUACGAAGGGCUCACGUUGAACAACAUUAACAACUACACGCACGUCCUCACUGGUAAACUUGUUUCAUUGUUACAACGCUUUCUAUCGUCCGAGUUCAGGAUACUGUGGAAAUGUAACAUUUCUGCAAAAAAUAGCCGACGUCGUCAAGGAUUUAAAGCAGAAAGACCCGAAGACGACGUUUGUGUGCGAUCCGGUGAUGGGGGACAACGGAAGAUACGUAAGAAGGACAAUUCCUUCUUGUCGAAAAUAUAACAUCUCAUUUCAGUACACUCCGAAGGAACUGAUGCCAAUCUACCGUGAUCUGAUCAUUCCGCUGGCCGAUGUGCUCACUCCGAACGCGUUCGAACUCGGAGAACUGACUGGAUCUCCGAUCGAGACCGAGGCGGAUUGUCUGCGAGCAGUAGACUUGUUGCACGCGAAGGGGGUCAAGACGAUCGUGGUGACGAGUGGAGUGACUGGAGCACAGACGAACGAGAGCCUCCGAUGCUACGCGAGUGUCAAGGGAGCCGCAACCUACCGAUUCACGUUUCCGAGACUUGUCGGACAGUUCGUCGGAACUGGUUUGCUGUCGAGAAAUUGAAUUGUUGAGAAUGUACUCGUUUGCAGGAGACGUGUUCACUUCUCUUCUCGUCGUUUGGCUUGACGAGUUGAACGGUGACGUGGCAGAGGCCGUGAAGCGAGUGCUCUCUUCGAUGCAGUGUCUCAUUCGGAAAACGAGCGAUUUCGCCCAGCUCCAAGUCGACACGAACUCGCAUGCGAUGUGCGAACUGCGACUCAUUCAAUCGCGGAAAGACCUUCUUUGGCCUGUCCUCUGCGAACAAAUUCACGUGGAGAGAGUGGGACGUUAG